GUUACCAUCCUCUAUCUAGUUUUCAAACCAAACACAUUUCCACAGGCUUUUGCAGGACGUUUCUAAUGUACGAUUAGUCUAAAUGAGACGUUCAUUUGUCACAACUUAAAUGGAGUUUUGAUAUUUAUAAAGUUGUGGUCUAGCUUUUCUUUAUCUGAACGCUGUGACUAAGAAAAUAACUGUAGCAUACACAUUUAGUGUCGUUUUUAAAAAAAUUGAAAGAAUAAAGUAACGUUAGAUUCCACGAUGGAUCGGGACAGAGCUAGUCCGUCCCCCUCCACCCUGCCGGAGUCCCCUGGUCACAACUCUCCUGGUAGCGCUUUACUGCUGGAUCUGAAGAGGGAUUCUGCGCUGCUGGUCGACUGCAGGAAAACACCAGGGCAGAGUGGAACUGUGAGAGAAGGACACGAGGAGGGAGAUGGAGAUCUGAUUUCAUCAAGGGACACCCUGAACCAUCGUUCUCUUAGUGGGAGGGGCUUAUCGUCUGGGGAGCCUCAACAACAUGUUGCUGAGGAGACAGAGAAGAGUCUCUCCAGAUCAGAACAUCUCAAGAAACACCAGCAGAGACGUACAGGGAAGAAACCUCACCACUGCUGCUCUGACUGUGGGAAGAGUUUCACAAGCCAGAGUGGCUUCAUUAUUCACUGUGAUCACUGUGAUAAGAGUUUUGCUCCAUCUAACACCUUCAAAACUAAUGUAAGAAUUCAUACAGGGGAGAAGCCUCACCCCUGCCUUGAUUGUGGGAAAAGCUUUGUUAGUGCAGGAGCCUUAACCGUACACCAGCAUGUACACACAGGAGAGAAACCUUAUAGCUGUGAUCAGUGUGGGAAGAGCUUCAGUCAGUCAGGCCACCUGACUACACACCAGCUAAUGCACACUGGAGAGAAUCCUUAUAGCUGUGAUCAGUGUGGGAAGAGCUUUGCUGUACUUCCCUCCCUGACUAGACACCAGCUAAUACACACACGGGAGAGAAGCCUUAUAGCUGUGAUCAGUGUGGGAAGAGCUUUGCUGUACUUCCCUCCCUGGACAGCUAAUACGACACACCUGUGGGUAACACACACAGUAGAGAAGCCUUAUAGCUGUGGUCAGUGUGGAAAGAGCUUUAAUCUGGCAGGAAACCUGAAAGCACACCAGCGAACACACACGGGAGAGAAGCCUUAUAGCUGUGGUCAGUGUGGAAAGAGCUUUAAUCAGGCAGGAAACCUGACAACACACCAGGUAACACACACUGGAGAGAAGCCUUAUAGCUGUGAUCAAUGUGGGAAGAGUUUUGCUCAAGCUUCCAACCUAACUAGACAUCAGGUAACACACACAGGAGAAAAGCCUUACAGCUGUGAUCAAUGUGGGAAGAGGUUUGCUACAUAUUACACAUUCAAAUAUCAUCUGAGAAUUCAUACAGGGGAGAAGCCUUACCCCUGCCUUGAUUGUGGGAAAAACUUUGCGAGUGCAGGAUCCCUAACCAUACACCAGAGUGUACACACAGGAGAGAAGCCUUAUAGCUGUAAUCUGUGUGGAAAGAGCUUUGCUGUGGUUUCCACCUUGAAUAAACACCAGCGCAUACACACUGGAGAGAAGCCAUAUAGCUGUGAUCAGUGUGGAAAGAGCUUUGCUCACUCAGAUAAACUAACUAUACACCAGCGAACACACACAGGAGAGAGGCCUUAUCGCUGUGAUCAGUGUGGAAAGAGCUUUGCUCGAGCUCCCACCCUGAAUUCACACAAGCGAACACACAGUGGAGAGAAGCCUUAUAGCUGUGAUCAGUGUGGAAAGAGCUUUGCUGAGUUAGGGACCCUGAAUUCACACCAGCGAACACACACUAGAGAGAAACCCUAUGUCUGUCUAUGUGGAAAGAGUUUUUCUCUUUUAGGGCAAAUUAAUAAACACCAGAAAUCAAAAACGUGCCAUAUUUCAUCUCCAUCCUAUACCCGACAGUGGUUAUAGAUCCCUAAAUUAAAGGCUCUAUAGAAAACAUAUCCAUCUCCCAUUCUUAAACAGUUGACUUAGUCUGAUCACCAUGGUAACCUCUGGAGCAUAAUAUGCAGCUCUGAUCUAGGAUCAGGUCUCCCCUGUGUCUAUGUAAUAUCACACAUUGAUCUAAAUGGAUAAAUGUUAUCAUAGAUAAUGUCAUAUUGUGUGUGUGUGGGGCGGGGGUGAUGUUGAUAAUUGUAUCGUCUUUCACAUACUCAUGAUACUAUUUUUAAAUCUCAUUAUGUAUAAUGUUUCAACAAUAGGUGUAUAUUCAUGUAUUCAAUGAAUCAAUAAAUUAAAUCCAAUAUCUUAUAAACAAGAUAUCACUUUAAUGUUAUAGUUUUCUUGUGUGAGCAAGAUGGUGCCAACAGAAAGGGUCGCCUCGCUUCUAGUCCAGCCGGGAAGAACUAUUGGAUAUCAGAGUGACGUCAACUUACCAACAAUUCGACCAGGAAUACAACUUUCCCGAUGCGGAUCCUUUGUUCGCAGCACCACGCAUUCGAUCUGAUUCCAGAGGCCGACCCAAAACAACGUCGCCGCAGAAGUGGUAGACGGAGCGGCCUUCUGGUCAGAAUUCGGAGGCGUGCACACCACCCACAGCUUCCGAGUAUAUUACUCACUAAAGUCCAGUCUCUAGAUAAAAAGGUAGACAAAAUUAGGGCAAGGGUUGCUUUCCAGAGAG